UCCGGAACGUAUUUAGUUCACACGUGCUAGAAUCGCUUUUAAUGUUAUUGGCAAUUGGUUGAGAUAUUUAUUAACAUAAAUCUGCCACGAUGUCCGCGGCAACAGCCAACAGUCGAAAUACCAAUCCCGCAGAGCCGCACAAAUCAUGGAAAAAGAUCAACGAGGAGCGAAAAGCACUCAAACGUCAGCGAAAACAGGACAAAGCGCUCAAGGACCUACAGAGAGUCCAGGAAGCAGAAGCUGCUGCCAAGGUGGCCACAGAUGCAACAAAAGCAGCUAAGGCUAAGCCAAAUCCAUCCACAGUGAGCAUAGCUGUGCCGGGCUCCAUACUGGAAAAUGCACAGUCCGCCGAGCUGCGCGCCUAUGUUGCCGGCCAAAUAGCGCGCGCUGCCUGCAUAUUCCGUGUCAAUGAGGUGAUUGUGUUUGACGAUGUGGGCGUGGCAACGGCACGUGAAACAAAACGCAGCUACGAACAGGAUGCGGAGGGCAAUGGCACAGCUACAGCCACAGUCCGUAGCAGUUCGUUGCAAUUGGCGCGCAUCCUACAAUAUCUUGAGUGUCCACAAUAUCUGCGCAAAUACUUCUUUCCGCUGCACAAAGACUUGAAGUACUCGGGCCUGCUUAAUCCACUGGACACGCCGCAUCAUCUGCGCCAGCAAAGCAAGUUUCGCUAUCGCGAGGGCGUCGUCUGCGACAAACAAGCCAAGGAUGGUCACAGCUAUGCAAAUGUGGGCCUGCUGAACGAUGUGCUCAUCGACAAGGCCUUAGAUCCAGGCGUCCGGGUGACAGUCAAAAUGGACCCACCCAACGAGACCAGUCGAAAACAACGCGGCACAUUGGUCAGUCCGGACGAGCCGCGUCGGGAGACGGGCGUCUAUUGGGGCUAUCAGGUGCGCAUUGCACAUUCGCUCUCCGAAAUCUUUACGAAAUCGCCCUAUGCAGGCGGCUACGAUGUGACGAUCGGUACUUCUGAUCGCGGCGCCAGCGUGCACGAUGUGCCCAGCAAAUCCAUUCAGUACAAUCACAUACUCAUUGUAUUUGGCGGCCUGCAGGGUCUCGAAGAGGCGCUGGCCAACGACGAGAAACUAACAGUGGACGAGCCAGAGCUGCUCUUCGAUCACUAUGUAAAUGUGCUGCCCAAACAGGGCUCACGGACCAUACGCACCGAGGAGGCGCUGCUCAUAGCGUUGGCUGCCCUGCAGGAGAAACUGCAGCCACAGCAUGCGGAUGUGGAGAGCGAUCUGAGUGAGCUGCUGCCGCGCAGCGAACAGACAGGCUUCCCGAUGACACGCGAAGUGCUUGUGAGCAGGAAAAAGAAGAGAAAACAUGAAGAAGAGGCGCCGCCUGCAGCAAACGAUAUACAGCCAAUAACAGCACCAAUACCGAAACCAACUGUAGCUCCAAUGCAUCCAAAUCCGUUUAAUGAUCGUGCAGCAGAAGCUGCUGCUGCCACAGAGACCGAUUUCGAGGUGGUGCCUGCAACAGUGCCUGCCGCAGUUGUCGCUCCGAGCGCAGCCAGUGACGAGGAUUUAAGUCGAUUCGAUUGAGAUGCUGUCCAUUUUAGUUAGUUCUUGCUUUUACAAUUUGUUUUUACUAUAUUGUACUGCUCCACUCUUAACAUAUAUAUAUAUGUACUAUAUGUAGAUGACAUGGCAAUGCUCUGCUAUGGACUGUAACUGUAUAUUGUACUAUAUAUUAGUAGCGAAUUAUAGAGCUUUGUAUCUACCCGCAUAUUUUGUUCGUAACAUUUAGCACUUAUUAAACUAUACAAACAAAUUUAUGAAAUAUU